AUGGGCUUUGCCCUUCAGUCGACCGUGCAUAUGAGGAUAGCCAUUACCGGCGCACGCGGAAACGUCGGACGCGUUCUGGUCCGAGCGUGUUCCGAUGCAGGACACCAUUUAGUUCAGAUUAACCGCACCGAACAAGGCCCAAGUAACGUCUCCAACACCGAGAUGCGCACGGCUGAUGUCGCCCAGAGCUACCAGCAGACUCUCCAUGCAUUUCGGGGCUGUGAUGCAGUGAUCCAUCUUGCCUCUAUCCCGAAUCCCAUCGACAAGGAAGACCAUCUGGUCCACAAUAAUAAUGUGAACUCGGCUUUUAAUGGCUUUCGGGCAGCCGCAGAGCUAGGGAUUAAGCGAGUCUGCUAUGCCUCGUCUGUGAAUGCGAUCGGCUUGGCCUUUUCCAAUCAACCCCUACAUUUUGCAUACUUUCCGCUCGACGAGGAGUCACCACGGCAUCCGACCGACUCAUACGCACUCGCAAAACACGAAGCCGAGAUCCAAGCCCUGGCCUUUGCGGAAUGGUAUCCCGGGAUGAAGAUUGCCUGUCUCCGGAUUCACCAGGUGUCCCCGCGAAGCCAGGUCCAGGAAGCUCACAAGACCGAUUGGUCGAAUUCGGCGGUUAAACAGCUUUGGGGAUGGGUGAAUCCGAACGCUGUGGCGCGAGCCUGCCUGUUAAGCGUGGAAAAAUGUGACAACUGGGAGGGCUGCGAGGUUUUCAAUAUCACGGCACCAACCACCACACAGGAGAUGUCUUCGGCAGAGCUGGCCAAGAAGUAUUAUCCGAACGCCGAAAUCCGGGGGGACAUGUCGGGGCAUCAGUCCUUUUGGACGACGGAUAAAGCAGAGCGAAUCUUGGGAUGGGUGCAUUACGAAACGGAAUAA